CACUUUAAAUAGCAGUCCCGGAAUGAUUUUGCUACAGACUCUCUGGAGAGCCCAGGAGCCGAAUUCCCGAAGAUCCUCACGUCGAUGAAAGCAAGGCAAAGCCACCAAGCCACCAUCACCAUGUCCACCUCGCUGCGAGUGAGCCCUUCCAUCCACGGCUAUCACUUCGAUACAGCCUCGCGGAAGAAAGCUGUGGCCAACAUCUUUGAAAACAUAGACCAAGAAUCUCUACAGAGACUUUUCAAAAACUCUGGGGACAAGAAAGCGGAGGAGAGAGCUAAGAUCAUAUUUGCCAUAGAUCAAGAUCUGGAGGAGAAAACACGAGCCCUGAUGGCCCUGAAGAAGAGGACGAAAGACAAGCUUUUCCAAUUUCUGAAACUGCGGAAAUAUUCCAUCAAAGUUCACUGAGGACAAGAGGAUGGAUAAGGACAUUAUCCAAGAAUAGACAUUUAAAGACCGAGAGGGUUCGAGAGACCCUAACACAUGCAGCAUUUUGUUGCUGCCCUGCGAGCUUCUCUUCCAUCAAGACUGCAGAGGCUGGAAAGGAACAGAACAAACCGGUUACAAAGACUCCAACCAAUUUCACGCCUGUGCUGUUACAGUGGAGAACAAAAUGCUUUCGACAAGGAUUUGAAAACUCUCCCUGCGGGAAAGGACCGAUGCUGGUGUCAGGAGAAGAGUCUGAACAGAUGUAAUGAGGACUGAGGCUGAAGAUAACAGAACGCUGGCUGUUAUGGGCUCUUAAGGCUGAAGAAAGAACUGCAGCCAGGGUCUCUUUCUCAGGCCCUAGGACUUAAAUUCAAACUGAACUUUUUUUUUUCCAUAAUGAAAGUGGGUAGGAAGAGGGAGGAGGGA